UCUGGAUAUUCUUGCUCACUCACACACACGUCACAAACACACACCCUCCUCCCCUUCCUCUCUUCUCUUCUGCAGUCCACCCACUAUAGCUUGAGACUAGAUCUCGAAUUCUCCCACAGUUUCUCACUCCAUCUCCCCCCUCCUCCCCCUUCCUCUCCCCUCUCAGAUCUCCCCAUAUCUCUGUGCUGCCUCACUCACUGGUCACAGCAAUCCACUCCACUCCCAAUCCAGAAACCCAAAAGCUUUCAGCUCCGGCUCCCUGUUUGCUUUUGACCCCCUAGCUAGCUGCUGCCGGAGAAACCCAAAAAUCCAAGAAAAACAGCUGGUCAAGGAAGAGUGGAAGAAAAGAGGAUGGUGAUGAUGAUGGCGAUAAGUCACCCCAUGAUUCGCUCCGUCAUUCCUUCUCCUGCGGUCCUUGUGCGCUGGUAAAAGGGCCUCGCCGUCCGUGGUGGUGCUGGUGGUGUGUUUGGACGGGGGAGUAGUCGCCGCGCCGCCACAAUGCCGCAGUACCAGGAGCUGCCCUGCGGCGGGCAGGUGCUCGACAUCGACACGGCGCUCAAGGACGGCAUCCUCGGGGGCGCCCUUGAGCCAGGGGAUGCGGCGGCGGGGGAUGCCGGGAAGCAGCCGGUGGAGCUGAGGAAGAUGAUGGACGAGCUGGACGCCGCGGGGGACGGCGGCGGGGACGAGGCGGUGCCGGCGGUGUUUAUCUGCCCGAUCUCGCUGGAGCCCAUGGUGGAUCCGGUGACCCUGUGCACGGGGCAGACGUACGAGCGGGACAACAUCUCGCGGUGGCUGGCGCUGGGCCACCGGACCUGCCCGACCACGAUGCAGGAGCUCUGGGACGACGCGCUCACCCCCAACGCCACGCUCCGCCAGCUCAUCGCCGCCUGGUUCUCACGCCGCUACACCCGCUUCAAGAAGCGCUCCGCUGAUUUCCACGGCCGCGCCGCUGACCUCAUCCACGGUCUCCGGGGCACGGCGGUUCCCAAGAGGCAGCCCCUCAAGGGCCAGGCCCGCGUCGCCGCGCUCCGGGAGCUGCGCACCCUCGCCGCCACCCACCAGUCUGUCACCAAGGCCAUCGCCGCGGCAGGCGGCGUGACCCUGUUGACCUCGCUGCUUGGCCCCUUCACGUCCCACGCCGUGGGGUCCGAGGCAGUCGCCAUUCUUGUCAGCGGCGUGCCCCUCGACUCCGACGCCAAGGGCGCGCUCAUGCAGCCUGCCAAGGUGUCGCUCGUGGUUGACAUGCUCAACGAGGGCGCGGCGGACACCAAGAUCAACUGUGUCCGCCUCAUCCGCAUUCUCAUGGAUGAGAGAGGUUUCCGGCCGGAGACGGUGGCGAGCUUGAGCCUCUUGGUUGGUGUCAUGCGCCUCAUCCGAGACAAGAGGCAUCCGGACGGUGUGGCUGCGGGGCUCGAGCUUCUAAAUUCGAUUUGUGCCGUGCACCGGCCGGCGAGGAGUAUGAUUGCUAGCAUUGGUGCAGUGUCGCAGCUGGUGGAGUUGUUGCCGGAGCUGGCAACGGAAUGUGUUGAGCCUGCCUUGGACAUCUUGGACGCCCUCUCUGGAAUCCAAGAAGGCAGGACGGCCCUAAAGGAUUGCCCACGGACAAUACCAAAUGCCGUCCGCUUGCUGAUGAGAGUUUCAGAACCGUGCACGCGGCGGGCGCUGUCCAUGCUGUGGACGGUAUGUCGGAUGGCGCCUGAAGAGUGUGCGCCAGCUGCCGUGGAGGCUGGUUUGGCCGCCAAGCUUCUACUGGUCAUCCAAAGUGGUUGUACGCCGGAGCUAAAGCAGAAAGCAUCUGAGUUGCUCAAGCUGUGCAGACUCAACUACACUGACACCCUCUUCAUCUCCAAGUGCAAGCUCACAAGGACAAUUCAGUGAGAUGGAAAUGGUACUGUUGCGAUGUGAUUUGAUUCGAUGAUGCGUGGUUUGUCAAUUGACCUUGCUGAAUUUGGAGUAAGAAGCAGAUGGAAUUGCCAAAUUGAAGAAUGGUAGAGAGUACAUAUUGAUAAACAUGCAGAAUUUGCUCUAUCAUCUCAUCUGAAGAGAUGAGGCUUGUUGGGUAGACGCUAAGAUCGGUUGCUGCCAUUUCAAUCUGUCCAGCGACAAGAAGUAUAGCAGCAGUGCAGCAAAAUCACUGCCAAAUUAGAUGGCAAGCAGGCGGAUGUACAUGCAAAUUGAUGUGAAUUUUAUCAGCUCAAUAAGCACUUGAGGCUGGGUGGUAACUGGUAAGUACAGCCAGUUUUGCCAUUAGCACUAGGGAAUUAAGCAAAACCUGCAAAUUUAGAUUUUUGGCAAUGUGGGAUGUUGAUCCCUCCCUUGUAAUUGUUGGUAUAAAGUGCCUAGAAUUCUAUACAGUACUGUUGCUUCAAUUCUGGAGUACACAUUGCCAUGGCUUGAAUUUUUUGAGUUCUUCAUCUUGACCA